AUGUCUGUGUCGCCCUCAAACAUUGAAAUCAAGGGAUUGGAGAAGAAUAAGAUGGUGAAAUUCAUCGUGAGCAUCAUCGGAAUAACCGGGAGUAUCUUCUUCCACGCUACAUACCCGAAUCGCUUGAUUGCGUUGUCCGUGGAAUGGGAGAAUGCAAGUAACGAUCGAAUACUGGGUUGCCAUGUAUUAAUCUUAAUCUGUAUGCAGAUACCAUUGCAAUAA